AUGGCAUACGGAACUAGACAAAUCGGAUCCAAGAACACUCUUGGCUAUACCGUGUACAUCGAGAAAGAUGGAAAGCCAGUUUCUCCUUUCCAUGACAUCCCAUUGUAUGCAGAUGAAUCAAAGAAGAUCUACAACAUGGUUGUGGAAAUUCCAAGAUGGACCAACGCUAAGAUGGAGAUCAACAAGGAUGAGAAGUUGAACCCAAUCAAGCAGGAUGUUAAGAAGGGAAAAGUUAGAUUCGUCAGAAACUGUUUCCCACAUCAUGGUUACAUCCACAACUAUGGUGCUUUCCCACAAACCUGGGAAGACCCUAAUGUCGUGAACCCAGAGACUCACGCCAAGGGUGAUAACGAUCCAUUGGAUGUUUGUGAGAUUGGUGAGGCUGUUGGAUACACCGGAGAAGUUAAGCAAGUGAAAGUUUUGGGUGUGAUGGCACUUUUGGAUGAUGGUGAGACUGACUGGAAGGUUAUCGUCAUUGACGUUCAUGACCCACUUGCUCCAAAGUUGAACGACAUCGAAGAUGUCGAGAAGCACCUCCCAGGUUUGCUCAGAGCCACCAACGAGUGGUUUAGAAUCUACAAGAUUCCAGAUGGAAAGCCUGAGAACCAGUUUGCUUUCUCUGGUGAGUGCAAGAACAAGAAGUACGCUGAGGAGGUUAUUGACGAGUGCAGCAACGCCUGGAAGCUUCUUAUUGGCGGAAAGUCUAAGGAUGACAAGGGAAUUGCUUUGGCUAACACCACUUUGAGCGGUACUCAGACAUACACCGCGGAUGCCGGAAUUCCACCAGCCCACCCACUCGCUGACACUCCAAUCGACAAGUCUGUUGACAAGUGGUUCUUCAUUUCUGGCUCUGCUUAA